CACCACCACAAUAAAAAAAUGUCAUUACAGGUCAAUCUUUCAAGUCCAGAUAUCAAAGCGGCUUAUGAUGCCGUUUUGAACGGAUCGGAAGAUUACUUGUUGCUCACUUACGAAAAAGGAACAAACGAUCUAAAAGUACAAGAAUUGGAAAAAGGUACAUUGGAAGAUGCUCUGUUCGAAUUCAGUUCAGGCAGAAUUCAAUACGGUUUCGUACGUGUAAUCGAUCCAAAUUCUCAAUUACCAAAAUUCAUCUUGAUCAAUUGGUGCGGUGAAGGUGUUCCGGAAACCAGAAAAGGAAUCUUUGCAACUCAUAGCGCUGCAGUUGGUCAAUAUCUCAAAAAUUAUCAUGUUAGCAUCAACGCUCGUAGGGAAGACGAUCUUGAUGCCAAAUCCAUCAUGCGCAAAGUAACAGAUAGCAGUGGAAGCAAAUAUUCAGCUGCUGGACAAAGUGCAAACACACAAAGUGGUGGUCGUAUCGAAGCUGUUGGAUCAACCUACAAACCAAUCGGUGCACCCGAUAUUGCCGCUUUGCGUGCAGGUGCCAAGAAAGAUGUCAUUCAACCCGUUGGAACAGCAUACAAGCCUGCUCGUGAUGAACUUUCCAAUAUGCGAUCAGCUCCUGUCAGUACCCCCUCUGUACCUGAUGCUCCUCGUCCAGUUGCACAGCCAGUAGCACCCGCUCCUCCACCAGCACAGGCAGCACCUGCUUCCCAAUCAUUGCCAAGAGCUCCAACAGUUGGUGGUAUUGUGGGAAGCGUGCCACAAGCCCCUCCUGCCGCAAAAGCUGCUCCUGCUCCCAGUCCGGCUACCCCGGCUGCUGCACCUAGCAAGCCAGCAGAAGACGAUAGAAUUAAACCUGUUGGAACAGCAUACGAACCUGUCAGAUUAGGCAAGCCAGGAAAAUUAGGCAACCGAUUCCCAUUCGGUGGUGCACAGGAGAGUACGCCCGCACCUGCGCCUGCACCUAGGGCCAGUGGAGGAGGAUUGACUUGGUCGCAAAGACAAGAAAAGGCAAAGAAGGAGAGAGAAGAAGAGGAAGAACGUGCUAGAACAGCAGCAGCCAAAGCAGCCGGUGUUGGUGUUGGAGCAGGAGCAAUUGCCGUUGGAGCAGCUGGAAUCGGAGCAGUGGCAGCAAGAGAUGAUGAAGCAAAUGAAAUACCUGCUCCGCCUCCGCCACCUCCAGGACCUGGUGCAGCGGCCAACGAUGAUGAUAUUGCAGCUGUUACCGAUAGUCUACAGAGAACCAAAUUGGAUGAAGGUACAGCAGAAGCAUUGGCUAAACCAAGCGGUGGAGAGACUCAAUUACGCGCAGUUGCAGUAUACGAAUACAGUGCAGCUGAAGAGAAUGAGAUCUCAUUUGCAGAAGGAGAUACGAUCACAGGUAUUCAACAAGUGGAUGAAGGAUGGUGGAGUGGUAUCGCACCUAAUGGUCAAGAAGGUUUGUUCCCUGCAACUUAUGUCGAAUUGAUCGAAGGAGCUGGACAAGAACCAGAGCCAGAAGCCGAUAUUCCGCCUCCGCCGCCUCCGCCACCACCAGCUCCAGCAGCCGCAGCAGCAGCACCAGUAGCAGAAGAUGAUGUACCACCACCACCUCCGCCGCCUCCACCGCCACCACCAGGACCUGGAGCUGCUGCCAUACCUGCUGCUGCUCCUGCCGCUCCACCUGCUCCUCCAGCACCUGUAGCUGCAGAAGAGCCAGCAGGACAUUACUGUAUCGCUCAAUACGAUUAUGAAGCAGCUGAGGAUAACGAAUUAGCAUUUAAUGAAGGAGAUAAGAUUAUCAAUAUCGAAUUUGCAAGUGAUGAAUGGUGGAGUGGAACACACGAGGUUACAGGUAUGACUGGAUUAUUCCCAGCUAAUUAUGUCGAACUACAUGAAUGAUUGUAUUGAAUUGGACGAGG